AGAAACAAUGUACUUCCAAAAGGAAGACCUUGAUCUGGUGCUUGUGCCUACUGGGUUGCUCAUCAUGUUUUCAUACCAUCUCUUCCUCCUCUACAGAUACCUUAAUCUUCCUCACACCACCGCUCUCGGCUUCGAGAACCAUAACAAGAGAGCUUGGGUUGAAAAAAUUGUGCUGAAUUACAACAGGGAUACGACCGGUGCAGCAGUUUCUGUGAUAUCAAGCAACAUAUCAGCAGCAACUUUCUUAUCUACAAUCUCCAUUACCCUCAGCUCUCUCAUUGGAGCGUGGCUUGGAAGUUCUUCCAAUAACGUAUUUCAGAGCAGCUUAAUUUAUGGGGACACCAGGGCUGCAACCAUUUCAAUCAAAUACAUAAUCCUUGUCGUAUGUUUUCUUCUAGCCUUUUCAUGUUUUGUCCAAUCAAUAAGGCAUUUUGUGCAUGCAAACUAUCUGAUUAGCAUACCAGAGAGUGAAAUACCUCUGCAAUUUGUUGAGACUGCAGUUAUAAAGGGAGGUGAUUUUUGGUAUCUAGGACUUAGAGCUCUUUAUUUUGCUCUUAAUUUGCUUCUAUGGUUUUUUGGUCCAAUACCCAUGUUUAUUUCCUCAAUUGCUAUGGUAAUUAUCCUUCAUCACCUUGACAUCAAUCAAACUCCGUUGCACCGUUAUUCGUCUCCUGCAGACCGCAAAAAUGCGUCGGUGACAGAAUAUCCGCGGUGGCACAAUGAAGUUCGAUCAAGUUCCACAAAAGAAUAUAUCAACUCAAAGAAGUCAGAGUUCCGUGAGGUUAUAGUUCAACCCAUAAUCAGUUUGGCUCAACAUUUAUCCGACCCAGCAUAAGCUCGUUGAGAUAUAACUCGACCCAACAUAAGCUAGUCGCGACUAAUCCUGACAGUUGUUCAAGCAAAUCACAGGUAAGGUCAAAUCUCAGAUAUUUCAGAAGGGAUCAGAUAAACAUCAAUAAUGGUGAGAUCUUAGAGCUCAAUUGCGAGAAUAUCAGAGUUGCAUUUCAAUCUUAAUUGUAAUUCUUUUAAUUUCGCUUUUUCCUUUGUAAAAAAUUUGUAUAUAAAUCCCUUCGAACGAUGGAAAACAAGUUAGCAAAUUAUUCUAGGCAUUAUACUAUUUUCUU